CGAAUAUGGCGAGGUGAAGCCAUCGCCAACGAAACCCCUGGUUAGCGGCAGCGCGGUCCGCUCAGAAGCCAGGACUCCACGAUACAGUGAGCUGUAGAACGUGCUUGGGAGAAAACUCUUCUCUUUCCCUCUUAAGCUUGAGUAUACACAAUUCUGCGUCAUAACCUCCGUGCAUCGCUGUCGGCUGUGACCGUCACAUAUCGCCAAGCUUCCAUCACAUCCUUUACAUGUACGACCCUCGUUACAAGGCUGAAAAUGAUCACAAACCCGCAUCAACCCUCUUCGAGCGAGGACUUGACCACCAGGCUGAAAGUACUCGCCUUGAUCGAUAUAUCAGGACCAAUAGGUCAAGAGACGAUGGAACCCUCUCAACCUUCAGCAACAGGAGCACCUCCCAGACUGGUUAUGACCAAGGAGCAGCUCGAGAGUUAUGUGCAGUCAGAACUUGCCAGGCUCACAGCUGGAACGCCAAAGCCAUGAAAGUCGCCAACCACGUCAAGGCCCUUUCGGCCGCGGUACGAGGCCCACUGGCAGCAGGCCUUCACAAGACAGUAAAGACUGUCCUCUUGCCCACUCUACUGUACGGGUCCGAAGUAUGCUACAAAAACAGGACGAAGCUAACCAGCAGGAACGCUAAGGGCAGGGAGAAACCUGUCAGUAUUAGGCUCGGGGGGGGGAGGGGGGCGGCUACGUCUUGCGAUGCCAGAGAGCACUGGUCAAGGCCAUCCGGGGGGUACUGCCAAUAUGGAAAACGACAGCUAGUGAUGCCCUGUUCGGGCCCAGCGGACUACCCACGGCGGAGAUGGCGCUUGAAGAGGCGAGAUACAGAUACGCCUGCAGACUACAGACGGUGUAUGACGUCCCAUACCCCUCAUGGAGGUCGCGGACGGCGGCCAAAGAACUUUCUACUACUCCUCUACCGAGGUCUCAUCCAACUACUCAGAGCGUUACGCUCCACUGUCGGGUGCUACACUCCGAUAGUGCUGCUUCAGUUAGCAGGUGCCGACCUCGGCGAUUCGCCUGUCCAGCGCUGCGCUGCGGCCAGGAGUCUGCUAAUGCGCCUCGUCGCUACAACCCUUCGUCUUCCAAUUCCUCUAGUUCAUUAAGGGCAUCUAAUUCUUCCAGCCUCUCCAACGCUGCGUGGUAGGCUUCUGCUGCUACGACGUGGUCGGCGCGUCCAGUAUCCCCUGUGCUGCGUGAAGCCGACGGAACAACGGUUGAAACGUGUGUUGUACGUCCUUUGCGAGGAAAGACCAAGAGAGCUACCAACGGCAGAUAGAGGACAUCGGUGGACAAUUCGCCAAUCGCAGCAUCUCCGAUGGAGAUUGGAAGAGCGUCUGUCGUAUUUUCCAGUGUCG